GGACCAGUGAUCUUGAGUGUCUAGUGUGCAGUGGUGGACCUGAUCGUGAUACAUACACUUCAUCAUUAUGAAGGUUUAAGGAAUUAUUUUGGAAAACGUCAGGACACACGAUGAAGAGCUGGCUGGAGGCGAGCGGGAUGGAGGACUCUCUGUCCUGCAUGCUGGCCGAGCCGCGCGAGGCGCUGCUACCCAUCACCGGCAGUGAGAACCUCGCGCCUAGGAAGAGAGACAGGACUCUAGAACCAUGUGCAAUGUCCGAAGAAGCUUACCUCUCGAGCGGCGCCGGCUCCCCCUGCGCAGGGCUGUCGCGCGAGGAGCGCCGGCGCCGGCGCAGGGCCACGCUCAAGUACCGCACCGCGCACGCUACGCGCGAGCGCAUCCGAGUGGAAGCCUUCAACGGCGCGUUCGCCUCCCUCAGGCGGCUGCUGCCAACCCUACCGCCCGAUAAAAAACUUUCCAAAAUCGAAAUCUUACGACUCGCUAUUUGUUAUAUUGCGUACUUGAACCAUGUUUUAGACGCAUAAUUAA